CCUCCACAGCCAGGCUGCGGUUCUCUCAAGGAUCUAUUUCAAGCUGCAUCUAUUCAGUACAGGAAAUCUGGAAGAAGGCCAAGGAAUUGGAGCUUGGGCUUAUGGAUCUAGAGCAAGAUGGAACACAUAUAGAUCAUAGAGCUGAAGUUUAUACAGAUCCAAUAUCUCAAGAGUACCAGCGUCCUCCUACUCAAAUGAGCAUUCAAGAGCAAGACCGAGCAUCCACGUUUUCAUAUCAACAGCAGGGAAACCCAUCAUUGACAUUACAUCAGCAUUCUACAACAUAUCCCCAUGACCAUCCAUUGCAUCUUAAUCGAGGUCCUACACCACCAAGACCAGUACCACAUGCCUUGGGCUUUGGGCAUACAUCCUUCCUUGGCCCUGGAGCAGCUAAACCACAGCUUACACAUGUGCAACCACGAUAUCAAUCAGUACAAGAGGCAGGUCGCUAUCGUGAAGCGCAUGACACUCCACCAGUGCAGGCUCAUUCGGGAUCAAAACGACCUUUCCACUCUGAUCAGAGGAUGUAUUUUUUGGGAGAUGAGCCCAUUUCAUCACAGGACCGUAACCGACCAACUGUAUAUCCUCAACACCAACAGCAUCAGACAAAUGAGAUGACAAAUAAGCUGUCAUCAGCAAUAUCGCCUUCACCCGAGAAUGUCCCUGGGCAAUCUUUACCCUCUUUAACUCGUCGUAGUCCUGCAGCUACAUUACAGGAUCCUAUUAUUCAUCCAGUGUACCGUCCACGUCAAAGAUCACUACCUCAGGUGCUGGAGUAUAGGCGGAAAAGUUGUGAUUCGCCAUACCAUUUGCAAUCGGAUCAUGAUGGAGGGCCUAGGUCCAUAUCUCCUAGCUUAGCUACAACGCAGCAAAGUCCCCCGAGGACACAGUAUAGCACAUAUCAAUCAUCUCUUUCACAAUCAGGCAACACAGAUGAUCUCCGCAGCUCCAGGUAUGUUCCAGGACAUGAUAUACACCAUCCAGUGCAUCAUCCACACCAGCAACCCCCCCACCUACCACCUACCUUUCAUAGAACACGUGCAGGAGCAGACAGAGAUAUGCAAGACGCGCCACUAUUCUCACGGCCACAGCAACAGGCAAGGAUACCGCAGCAAGCUCAAAUUCAGCAUGAGUACAUUUCUGGCCAACAAAGCAAAGCAUCUGCUCGGAUAAACACAGAAGAUGGACAGAAUAAAAGUGGAAAAGACGUUGGUCUUGGUCAUACAGAUGUGACAGACAACAAAAUGUCCUCAGGUAUUGUUGGUGGGGGCGGCACAGGGAUGAUCCAGUAUAACUCGAAUGGAGAACGAAGAUUGUCUCCCGGUGGUAGCCAUUCUACGCCCACCACUACAACUUUACUGAUACCGUCUGGGCCAUCACCACCCAUUAGCGCAUCGGGAGCUCUGCCCGUGUUCUCGGCUUUAUCUUCAACGUUUCCAUUCUCUCCAGCAGGAAAUGCUGCAGGCCAAGGACUGGGUUUGGCGUUUGAUGCAGGAGGAAGCGGAGGAGGUGGACGCACUAACAGUGGUAGUAAUGGCCACAAAAUGGGCCGUGAAAGUAAUUCAGGCGGAGCAAGGACUCAAUACCAUGCGCCAUUGGAGCCAGAAGUUAUUGCUAGACUGGAUGAGCUUUUUUUCAGGUUUCUGCAACGGAUAUGUUCAGACUUGAAGGCAAGCGAUUCACGAGGUGAACAAAUUCACCAGCCUCUCAUGGCCAAGAAGAUGCAGCGUCUCGAGGCUUCUUCAGACUUUCGGCCCUUCAAGUUCAGGAUCCAAGCCUUUACAAACGCGUUUCACGAGUCACUGGUACAACAUGGUCUGACUGAGGACAUUCUACCACUUCGUAAAGUUAAGGUCUAUCUUUGGAAACACAGGUAUAUUUCUCGGUUCAAUGAGGAUGGGAAGAAGCAAAAAUCAAAAGGAAAUCAUGUUUGGAAUAUCGAGGCUCGAAAGAUCCCCGAAUCAAGGCUAGCCGAUAUUAUUGCAGUAGGAGGAAUUGGUAUUGUUACGUCCUCUGGAGGCGUCUCGGGAAUCACUACUGGUCCUAUCAGUUCUACAAUGUCUCCAUCUGAUCCUCCAAUUCGGUGGGAAUUCCGUGAAUACACCAGCCGGAUAGCAGGGCAGAUUAUUAAAUAUGCUCGAGUUGGUGUCCCUUAUGUCUAUACACCACGGAUCUGGGAUGCUCAGAUGUCGUGCCCACAAGCUGAAUAUAGUAGUCCAUGGCUUCCGGCCUGGCUAAAAUGGCACCGCGGAGAACUUCGUGGGAUCCCUGGACCAGAAGACAAAUCCUGUACAAUUACUGUUGUUGCGGAGUAUAUGCGUGAAGGUGAAAAAUGUCAUCUGGAGCUCACUUAUCAUUUGACAGUUUCGGAUCCUGAAAAAGAAGGGGAGUUGAUGGACUCUGCAAAUGAAGAGGAAAUGCCCAUGCAUGAUGGUGAUGAUAGUGCUACAGUUCCAGCAACAGAGGGUUUGAGUCAAGGAGAAGAAGAGGACGACGUAGAGAUGUUGGAAUAUUCAUGCCAAUCUGAUCCGCAUGAUUCUCAUACCUCAGGAGUAACACGAGGACGAGGCGGGCACCGUAAGCAACGGGACCGUAAAGCCGGAACAGCAGAUAAGGAAUCAAAGAUCAAAGAAAGACAACAAAGCAAACGACGCAAGCAAGCAAAGUAAUCAGUGAUCUAGACUUUCUCUAAUAAAGGCA